AUGUUAAGCUUGCCGGCACCAGAAGGAAGGACCGAAAACUAUCGGAACAUUUCAAGUUCUUUGGUGAAGAAAAUACACUUCAUCAUGGAAAGACACGCUUCUAGAGUGGCUUUUCUUCUAGUUGUUUUUGCGCUGAUCGAGUGUCAAGCCUUCACCUAUACCAAACUGCCGAGGGACGAGAACUGGCCCUACAGUUAUGUGUCUAUUGGACCGGCUGGCGUGUGGGCUGUCAACCGUGCAAACAAUCUCUUCUACCGCACGGGAACCUACGGCGACAACCCCAACAUGGGCUCUGGAUGGCAGUUUAAGGUAGACGGGGUAAAUCAGGUGGAUGUAGGUAGGGACACAGUAGCCUAUAUCAAUCCUGCUAAAAGAGAAAUGUUUCGUAUUGAAGGCAUCAGUAAAGCCACCCCUCUCGGGGCUGCCCCGUACAGCUGGGAGUGGUGGACGAAAUACAUUGGCAUGUCUCUGAAACAAGACGUCCGAUUCUCUGUUCGUAUCGAUACCGACAACAAAGUUCAGAGUCUAACAUGGCGAACAUGCUGGUGGGCCAGCCGCGUAACCAACUGGUGUUACAGUUAUGAUAGCUGGACCGAAAGUAUUACCACUGGUGGCGCUGGCGCCUGGCUCACCACCAGCCAGUUGAAAUAUAAAACUGGAACCUUUGGCUACCCUGACACCGAGGGAGGAGCGUGGAUCACAGUUGACUCGAGUCCGUUCCAACAUGUCUCAUCCGGCAGCGGGGUGGUGCUGGCCGUCCGUUCUAACGGGGAACUGGUGCAGCGCACAGGCAUCACGUGCACCUUGCCACAGGGCACCGGCUGGUCCAGCAUGUUAAACGGCAUGACUCGGGUGGACACCUAUGGGACCGUCGCCUGGGCCGUCGACACUGCCGGUGACCUGUACUUCAUCAACCUGUAGAACUCGUGACAAAUCUGAGAGUCACAAGUAGAAACGAACUUUCUUUGACUUAAAAAUCUCUUACACCAUCUCGUUCAGUAGUGCCAGUCACGUCAAUGGCAAUGUUUUUUGUGCAGCUAUGUGACUUGGCACUCAUUAAAUUCUAAGCAGAUAAAAUCUUUUAAUCCGCA